AAAUUAUUGUGAGUAGAAAUCUAUAAAUGUUGAACCAAUCGUAUUUAGAUUUUGAAAAGUAUGGUCUUGUAAAUAAGUAUUAGUAUAUAUUGUAUUAUAUUUGGUUAUUAGUUGCUACAAUGACAGCAACAUGCCGGAGCUGACGGAGCUGGACAAGGCCACGGCGUCCAUGACGGAGCCGCGGGGGGACGGGUCCGCGGGGGGCUCCGGCACGGAGUCGGACUCGGACGACACGGUCCCGGAGCUGGAGGACCCGGGGAGCGGCCAGGCGGCCGGCAUGUUCCCGGGGGCCGCCGCCGCCGGCCUGCCCAUUGACAUGGUCAGCAAGGCCAAGCAGAGCCGCGGGGAGAAGAAGGCGCGCAAGAUCAUGUCCAAGCUGGGCCUCAAACCGGUUCAGGGUGUUAGUCGUGUGACAAUAAGGAAGUCUAAGAACAUUUUGUUUGUUAUCAACAAGCCAGAUGUGUACAAGAACCCAGCCUCGGAUACGUACAUUGUGUUUGGUGAAGCAAAGAUUGAAGAUCUGAGCCAGCAAGCCCAAGUUCGGGAAGCUGAGAAGUUCAAAGCACCACAGGACUCUCCAGCGGUCGAUGGAGCCGGCAGCCAGACGGUUGUCGCGCCAAUCCAGGAGGAGUCUGAGGAGGAAGACAUCGACGACACUGGCGUGGAAGAGAAGGACGUGGAUCUGGUCAUGUCACAAGCAAAUGUCAGCCGAGCAAAGGCGAUCAAGGCUCUCAAAAACAACCAGAAUGACAUUGUGAAUGCCAUCAUGGAACUUACAAUGUAAAACGCUUCCUGAAGGUGGUCCGCCUCACUUUCAUCGGAGUAGCUUCAGUGGCCAGAGCUAUUCCUAAUUGUAAAUAUAAAAUUAAUUUCUCACAAUUUUAAUUUUUGUAUUCCAUAGAUAGUUUUAUUAGUUAAAAUUGCACAUUUGUGAACAAAAAGUUCAUCUUUUUUGCUAUCUCAUGUAUAUCAAAAACAUUUAUUAAUUGAUAAUAAAUACAAAAUGAUUGUUGUA